UCUCUGCCCUAAGGAUCGUGCAGUGGCCAAACUUGAGAGAGAGAAUGCUGAGAUAAUAUUAACAAACUGAGAUAUCCCGUCUUUGUUCUCAACUUCUUCUCCCUAAACAGGUUCCGUCUUCUCCCUUGGGAAGACAACAUCGUAUGGGAGCUGUUGUUUUUUUUGGAGUAAGAGAUGUUGAAUGGGUUUUUUGCAGUAUCCUAGAAUACUUUUUCUUAAAGCAUUUACUGCGUCUUGCAUCUGCUAUCAUCCUGGCAACCAGACCUGCUCUCCAUCCUCUUCAUCCCUCACCAUCAGUUGCCUCCUAUCCCUGAUUUUUGACGCUCCAAGUGGUUACAGGCUUUUUCUCCACAGGUGGCACUUCAUUACCUGCUUUCUAUUCUAUUUUCUAUUUUUACUUUUUUAGUAAGGUUUAUGUGUCGGGGAAAUAUUUUCUCUCAGAACCGAAAUGCCCGUGAGACGCGGCCAUGUGGCGCUCCAGAACACCUACCUGGACACUAUCAUCAGGAAAUUCGACGAUCAGAAUCGCAAGUUCCUCAUCGCCAAUGCCCAGAUGAAGAACUGUGGCAUCAUCUACUGCAAUGAAGGCUUCUGCCAGAUGUUUGGUUUUGCCAGGGCGGAGAUCAUGCAGCAGCCCUGUACCUGCCAGUUCUUGGUGGGGCCCGGCACCAUGAAGAGUGCCCUCGCCCAGCUGGCUCAGGCCCUGCUCGGCUCCGAAGAGCACAAGGUGGAGAUCCUCUACUAUGAUAAGGAAGGUACCUGCAGACCAUGCCUGGUGGACAUUGUGCCCGUAAAAAAUGAGGAAGGAAUUGUCAUCAUGUUUAUUCUCGACUUCCAGGAGCUGAUUGAUCCAUCUCUCAAAAAGUCAGGCCUCAGGAACAGAGUCACCCAAGGACUGAUUUACUGUCAGAAUCGCAGGAUGAAGAUGAGGCUGCCGAUGCUCCGGUCAAGGCGACGACCUUCACUUUCCAAAGAUCAAUUUGAAGGAGUGGUAGUGGACUACUUGCAGCCAAACAGCGAGGAAGUCCCCCUCAGAGAGUUUCGGAUCCCGUCCAAGGAGAGUUGCAUGCAGUCUGAGACAGAAGCCCUGAUAGAACAGGACCUGGACCCCCCCUCCCCUGCAGCCCAGCCCUCCACCAAGCGGCGCUCCCUGCUGACAGACCACCUCGACCCCGGGAAUGCCUUCCCCCGAGGAGCCUUACCUCUGAGCUGUUCUCGGGACAGUGUCCGCAGCCUCAGACGAGCCUCGUCACUGGAUGACAUCGAUGGCAUGAGGGCAGAAUGGAGCGAUCGGCCUGGAGACUCCCGAACCAACAGUAGUGAGUGUCUGACUUUGUGGUUAGAAAACAGGAAAUUACAUCUGAAGCCGAGCGUUUUGAACUCCACGUCAGACUCGGACCUGAUGAGACAUCGAACCAUCGGCCGCAUUCCUCAGGUUACUCUCACCUUCGGCUCGGACAGGAUGAGACCUCCUUCCCCAACGGAAAUUGAAAUCAUUGCACCCAGCAAGAUUAAAGACCGAACUCAAAACGUCACAGAGAAGGUCACACACGUCACUCAGGUGUUGUCUCUCGGUGCUGACGUUCUGCCAGAGUACAAGCUCCAGGCCCCUCGCAUCCACAAAUGGACCAUCCUUCACUACAGUCCCUUCAAAGCAGUAUGGGACUGGGUCAUCCUGCUGCUGGUCAUCUACACCGCCAUCUUCACACCAUACUCGGCCGCCUUCCUUCUCAACGAGGUGGAGGAAGAGCGGAGGAGAACGUGCGGCUACACCUGUGACCCGCUCAACGUAGUGGACCUGGUGGUGGACGUCAUGUUCAUAGUGGACAUCCUCAUCAACUUCCGGACCACCUACGUCAACCAGAACGAUGAGGUGGUCAGCCAUCCCGGACGCAUCGCUCAGCACUACUUCAAGGGCUGGUUCCUCAUCGACAUCGUGGCCGCCAUACCCUUCGAUCUGCUCAUAUUCCGCUCUGGGUCUGAAGAGCCUCAGACAACAACUCUGAUUGGAUUACUGAAAACAGCGCGACUGCUGAGGUUGGUCCGAGUGGCCAGGAAGUUGGACCGUUAUUCAGAAUAUGGAGCUGCAGUCCUUUUCCUCCUCAUGUGCACCUUUGCCCUUAUUGCUCAUUGGCUGGCCUGUAUCUGGUACGCCAUCGGCAACGUGGAGCGAACAGGUUCAGCCCGCAUCGGAGGCCUCAAGAUCGGCUGGCUGGACAACCUGGCGGACCAGAUUGGUAAACCGUUCAACGACAGUGAUCCAACCGCAGGUCCAUCCACCAAAGACAAGUAUGUCACAGCCCUGUACUUCACCUUCAGCAGCCUGACUAGCGUGGGUUUCGGAAAUGUCUCACCCAACACCAACCCAGAGAAGAUCUUCUCCAUCUGUGUCAUGCUUAUUGGCUCUCUGAUGUAUGCCAGCAUCUUUGGUAACGUGUCGGCCAUCAUUCAGAGACUAUACUCAGGAACGGCACGGUACCACACCCAGAUGCUGCGGGUCAAAGAGUUCAUCCGUUUCCACCAGAUCCCAGGCAGCCUGAGACAGAGGCUGGAGGAGUACUUUCAACAUGCCUGGUCCUACACCAACGGCAUCGACAUGAACGCUGUUUUAAAGGGUUUCCCUGAGUGUCUUCAGGCUGACAUCUGCCUCCAUUUGAACCGGUGCUUGCUGCAGAACUGCAAAGCUUUUCGAGGUGCCAACAAAGGCUGCCUGCGAGCUCUGGCCAUGCGAUUCAAGACCACCCACGCCCCACCGGGUGACACGCUGGUCCACAGUGGGGACAUUCUCACCGCCCUCUACUUCCUUUCCAGAGGUUCUAUAGAGAUCCUUAGGGAUAAUGUGGUGGUGGCCAUACUAGGGAAGAACGAUAUCUUUGGUGAACCCAUCAGUCUUUAUGGGAGGCCAGGCAAAUCCAGCUCUGACGUCAGGGCUUUGACCUACUGCGACCUUCACAAGAUCCAGAGAGAGGACCUGCUGGAGGUGAUGGACAUGUAUCCCGACUUCGCUGACAAGUUCUGGACCAACUUGGAGAUCACAUUCAACCUGAGAGAUGCAGAUAGAAUACACCUACCAACCCCUGGCAGGGACUCUGAUUGUGACUACCGGCGGACAAGGCGUCGGAGAAGAUCCCUGCGUCGCCGAAACCGACCAGACGGCAUGGACCGUGAAGACUCGUACCCCGAUCAGUCCUGCACAGUAGCCAACCACCACCAAGGCAUGAUGGCAGGAUCCCAUUGGGAAGACAUCUGCAGCAGUGCUAGCAACUGUUCGCAGUCUAGUGAUGAGGAGAUGAGGCCUGUGGGACACAGCAAGGGGGAGCUGUACCCCACACCGAGGAACACCAGAGACUACCCCCCCGUGGUCAACGUCCUGCCGCACAGUGGACCCUCAGCUGGGAUGGGACCGCCUGUUGACCCCGGAGGACCACAAUACUCAGCAGCAGCCCCGAUCAGCAUGUCCGGCCUGUACGGUUACUGGCCGGAUCGCAAAGCCAGCCAGUUCUCAGAGAGUCAGAGACGAGCGUCCUCAGUCAGAGCCAGCUUCCAGCGUCCACCCUGCCCUGAAGCUCGGCCCAGCGAGCUGGGGUCCAGACUGGAUCUGCUGCAGUCCCAUUUGAACAGGCUGGAGACCCGAAUGACUGCAGACAUCAAUGUGAUUCUACAGCUCCUGCAAAGGCAGAUGGCCCCGGUGCCUCCAGCCUACAGUGCUGUGUCCCCCCGCCCUCACCCGCCUCCCCCCACCACCCUGUUCAGCGCAGGAGCAAUCCACACUGUCCCUCUGAUCCCGUCUGUCCAGAUCGGCAGCACUGCCUCGCUCCUACAGAGUCCAGACUCGGACUUCAACCCUAAGUCUAGGGACUCUCUGUCCAGCGGGAUCCAUCUCACUGUGGCCUCUGAUGACACGAUGUCCAUGUCGCCAGAGGCUGUCCCCCCACAUCUGCCCUCUGUGGAAAUCACCCCUCCUCAAUUUUCAGGACCCCAGGAGCUUCCUGGACUGUUAUGUGUCAGCCAGCGCUUCCCCUCCCUCCCUGAGCACCUGGAGACCUCCAGAGCGCCGCAGGAGAUCCAGAGGCACGUCUCUGACCCUGGGCUGCCGGGGAGCUAGAACAGCAAACACCUCACAAAAGCCUGGUCCUUUGGAUGGGACGGCCAUAUGUUCCCCGUUCUGUUACUUCCCCCUCCCUUCAAACCUCCUCUGUCCUGCUCAGAUGCUGCUGUAGGGCGUGGGAUGCUUGCCUUCCACGUCCCUGAGGGUUCAGGGGCCCCCUGUUUCUGAUGUUCGGACUCUACAGCGCCCUGACAGGUGGCUGCGGCUUUGUGAUUCAGCAUCCCUUCACACCCGAGGUCCUGUGCAAUAAAGAGAUUAUUCCUGCCCAUCAGGGUCGGAAAACGGUGGUACACGAGUGGACAGUAAACACAUACAAACAUAUACAUGCGUUAUGCAGUCGUCGGAUCUGAAAGCCACACAAACUGCAUCUCAGACAAAGGUUUCUGUGAAGAGAAGUGAAAUGUCUUUUAUGUUUCACAUGAAUAAUUAUCUGCAUUCACUUUCUAUAAGAAUUGCACAUUUAGACUUGGUAGAAUGUAAUCAUUUAUUUGGAAUAUAAUUUAUUUUCCUAAUAUUAGAGAUGUAUUGGUCACAUUAAGAACAAUACGUCUAGUAAAUGUGAUGAACUAUAAGUGAUAGAGUUUUGGUGUACGGUGAAAAAAUAUCAAAAGGCAUACGGUAGCUGUCUGGCACACUGUGAAGGGUGAUGGGUUCAAAGAAUAUUGUCAUUUUCAUCUCAUUUCAUGUUCUGACAUUAAGACAUGAAUCUAGAGACGUGUUAGCAGUCAUCAUGAGAAGGUAUUACAGCGUACAAUGUCAUAGUUUCUUUUAUAUUCACAAAUAGCUCUAUCAGUUCUGUUUCAAUCAUGACUGCUGAGCUGUUUCCCCCCAUUUCUGUGUGUCUAUAUCUGCUCUGUUAAACUCAAAUGUGUCAAUGUCUUUUAUGGUCACAUGACUUCAUAAUGCUCCUGAUUUUGUGUUUUUCUGAAAGUGCCAACAUCAGAGGAUUUGUAUUCUAAGCCGUGAUUGCAGAAGGUUGUUUUAAUGAGUAGCACGUGAAGUGGAUAGUCACUGUGAAUCACAUACAGACACACAGACACAGAGAGGUCCUCAAGGCGCCUUUUGUUAAGAUGAUUUCACAGCUCCAACUACAGGGUGAAUGUAAUGACUUUUUAAGCAUUUAUAAAUAACUGUAAUGUUUUUUGAAGCACAAAUUCCUGUUCUUUAUCUUUUUUUAGAUUAAAGACAC